AUGAGCGAAUACAAAUAUUUGAAAGGACAGACUGUUGGAGUUAUCGGAUGUCCGUUCAGCGGCGGCCAGCCUAGAGGGGGAGUAGACCUGGGUCCGCUAAGAAUAAUUGAAUAUGGCUUGUUAGAUCAACUUGUCGACCUGGGAUGGUCAGUCGAGUUCGAUGGCCACCGCAAGCUAGAUAAAUUACGUCCCACAUAUGAUCCUGAUAUUGGCAAGCUGAAACAACCGCGCUUUGUUUCGAAAGUAUGUCGGGAGGUUUCUAAAACAGUCGAAUCUUACGUGAGGAAGGGACAGCUAGCAUUGACACUUGGCGGGGACCAUAGUUUGGCUAUGGGAACAGUUUCGGGAACUUUUGCAGUACAUCCAGACGCGGCUUUGAUUUGGGUUGAUGCACACGCGGAUAUCAAUACACCCGAUACAACCGUAUCUGGCAACAUCCAUGGCUGCCCUGUAUCUUUUCUUCUCGGCAUUGCAGGGAAAAUUGAAGGAUUCUCAUGGCUCAAGCCAUGUCUCAAACCCGAGCAACUAGUGUACAUUGGGCUCAGAGACGUCGAUCCACCGGAAAAGAAGAUUCUAAGACAAUAUGGGAUCAAAGCAUUUUCAAUGCAUGAAGUGGACAAGUACGGGAUUGGUAAAGUCAUGGAAAUGGCUUUAGACCAUGUGUGUCCGGGAAGGGAUACGCCGAUUCAUUUAAGUUUCGAUGUUGAUGGUUUGGAUCCUACUGUUGCACCUAGUACUGGUACACCUGUACGUGGAGGUCUUACAUUCCGAGAGGGACAUUACAUCUGUGAAGCAAUUAGUGAAACAGGAUGCCUGGUUGCCGUUGAUAUAAUGGAGGUUAAUCCGACAUUGCAAGAUGAAGUGAGUAUAGAAGAAACUGUCACUGUUGGUUGCUCUCUUAUUCGGAGUUGUCUGGGCGAGACUUUAUUAUGA